GUGCGAAGAGAGCGCGAGCAUGACUCGUCAGAAUCUCAGAGCUUAAAAGGAGCCGCGCGCUCACUCUGCUUCAAACGAACCAACAGCUACGCACUUUCUUACAGACCUUAGUCUUCAGUCUACACUAGACGAUGGCUCCAUAUACUCUCACAUACUUCGCCGUUAAAGGCAGAUGUGGUGCUCUGAAGAUUAUGCUGGCUGACCUUGGGCAACAGUUGAAGGAGAACCUGGUGGCCUUUGACGAUUGGCAGAAGGGUGACCUGAAGAACAGCUGUGUCUUUGGACAGUUGCCUAAAUUUGAGGAUGGUGACCUGGUCCUGUAUCAGUCCAAUACUAUGUUAAGACAUUUGGGUCGCAAACAUGGCGCAUAUGGGAAAAAUGACUCUGAGGCUUCUCUUAUUGACAUGAUGAAUGAUGGUGUUGAAGAUCUUCGCCUGAAAUAUAUCAAGCUGAUCUACCAGGAAUAUGAGACUGGUAAAGAAGCAUACAUCAAAGAUCUGCCCAACCAUCUUGGCAAGUUUGAUGCCGUUUUGACCAAAAACAAGUCUGGAUUCCUGGUUGGCGAUAAGGUCUCGUUUGCUGACUACAACCUGUUUGACUUGAUGCUGAAUCAUAAAGUCCUCUCCCCCACCUGUCUGGACUCAUUCUCUUCUCUCAAGGGCUUUGUGGAUGCGAUGUCCGCUCGUCCCAAAAUCAAGGCCCUCCUUGAGUCUGAUGACUUCAAGAAACUUCCCAUCAAUGGCAAUGGCAAACAGUGAUUGUGUAGCCCAUUAAUUAACACUUAAAUAUACAUUCUCAAACCAUAGUAGAACUCUUAAGAUUAACUGGUGCUCUGUGAUUGGCAAAAUAUCCAUUAUCUUUGUAUAACUAUAUUUUGUAUGUUUUUGAAGUCUACAGUAUGUGUCAAUUAUAAAUAAAGCCCUAAUGAUGAAAUCUGA